AUGGAAUAUGAACCGAUAUCUGAUGAUGAACUGGCGGUUGUUCAUGUACGAGAUGAACGGCCGUCAGUAGUGGAAGAUCUAUCCAAUGAUAAUGAAGAACAGCAACUGCUGGUUCAUGUAGAAUAUGAACCACGGACUCCAUUGGCACAUCAAUUGUUUACAGGUGAGUUAUCAAUACACGUUGAUGAACCACUAACACCUUUAUUUUUUCAUUCACCACCACAUCGUACAUCAUUAUCAACGCCUCAUGUGCCUGAAUCAUCAUCCCACUCAUCAUCACAUCGACCAUCAUUGACAAAAAAGCAGCGGAAGAAUCGCAAACGUCGAGCCAGAAGGUAUGAUUUUGAAGUAAUUCGACAUCUUUAUAAAGAUUUUACAAUUACCAAUGUCAGACGAAUCCUCAUCGAUAUGAACAUCCAUUGGGUUAAUUUCAACAUCGUUGGACAUGUAUUAUUCAUUGGAUUAAAAGAUGAACGAACAAAACAAUGGGUCGAAGAAAUGUUACAUCCAAAUAUGUUCACACAUGAUCAUUAUCGACGCAUUCAAACGAAGUCCCGUCGCCGCUGA